UUAUUUUUAACAGGCUUCUUCGGACCCAGUACGCAACGAUAUAGCAAGGAGAGUAAACUCGGAUAAAGGAACCAAAGCUUUCUACGGAUUGUCUGAAGGCGUCGAAAGAAUACGGAAGGGUCUUUUCGCCUUCCACAGUGUGGUAGAGCCGGUGUAUCGUCAGAUCGACAGGACGUUCCAAGAGAAGGAGAAAUGUGACCUGAUGGAACUUGACUACAUAGGUUACGCUGCCUUCCACGUGCCGGGCAGCAAGAAAUCACCGUAUUUAGAGCUGUUGAGAGUCACUUUCAAACGGUUGCGAGAGGUGGGCAUCAAAUCCGCAGUAAACUUCCGCUAUGAAGCGCGCAAGCCGUCAUGCAAGGAAUCAGUCGCAAUGUUCAGCAGCGUGGGCAUAACGGAGAUGCGUCCCGUGUUGAUAUUCAUGGCGUACGGCGUAGCGCUGAGCGUAGCCGUCACCGCGGCCGAGCUGCUCGUGUUCCAUGCGUAA